ACCAUUUACAUCAACCAAAAAAGAAAGCAAUUAAUCAAUUGUUUAACUAAGCAAUGAUGAGGCUUUACUUGCUUUUUGGCCUUUCCUUGGCUCUCCUCAUGUCAGGGGCUCACAUGGCAACCCUCAACAUCAGAAACAACUGUCCAUACACUAUCUGGCCAGGAACCCUUACUGGCGGUGGUGGAGCUCAAUUACCAAACACUGGAUUCGAGUUAGCCCCCCAAGCAUCAAACUCCAUUAACGUUCCUGCUCCAUGGACAGGCAGGCUCUGGGCUCGAACACAAUGCUCAACCUCCUCAGGGAGCUUCAGUUGUGCCACUGCAAACUGUGGCUCUGGCCAGGUCGCUUGUAACGGAGCAGGUGCAGUCCCUCCAGCAUCCCUCGUAGAGUUCACUCUAGCAGCAAACGGAGGACAAGAUUUCUACGAUGUCAGCCUUGUAGAUGGCUUUAACUUGCCAGUUUCAAUAACCCCACAAGGCGGUUCCGGUCCAACCUGCACCACGACUAGCUGUGCGGCAAAUGUAAACUCAGUUUGCCCAUCAGAGCUGGCUGUGAGAGGAUCUGAUGGCAAUAUCAUAGCGUGCAAAAGCGCUUGCGUAGCUUUCAAUCAGCCUCAGUACUGUUGCACUGGUGAUUUUGAUUCACCGGAGACAUGUCAACCCUCAAACUACUCCAGGAUCUUCAAGGGUCAGUGCCCUCAGGCUUACAGUUACGCUUAUGAUGAUCCAAGUAGCACUUUCUCCUGCACUGGUGGACCUAAUUACCUUAUCACUUUCUGUCCAUGAGACCUUACAAGCUGGAAGAAGCUCUAUUGCUUUUCAUAUAUUUUAUGAUUUUAGAAUAAAAACAUUACUGCUGGUUUUGAAAUAAACAUUAAAACCUUCUUGGUUUUAAUUGUAUGUGAUCAAGAUGUAUGGAACAAUGAAUGAAAUUUAACGUAGGAAAAUAUUGUUUUGCAGCCAGUUGCAAUUAUAACAUUCUCCCUAAUAAUAUUCAUAGGUUUGAAAUUGUGAUUGUAAUCGUAAUAAGGUAAUGUCAGCGCCUUCUCGCAUUCUACCCAGAUGUGUGAUCAGUAUUCUAAGCAAUAGUUACUUAUGAUUUUAUUUAAUAA